AUGCAGCAGCAGCAACAACAUGACCAGCAUCCCUUCUCGUACAUCUUGGUUGGUCGCCGCAGCUUCUAUCUCCUCAGCCUCACGGACAUACUCCAGCUGAGAGCCACCUGCACAUGGCUCAGAGAUCUCUUCGGAGCGGCCCAGCUGCGAGAUCGGCUCCGCCACUCUGUCGGCUCACAGGCGGGGCUGCGGCGGCUGGUCAACGGGCAGCAAGUGCAGCUGGUGCGGUUCGACGAUGAGCAGUUCGAGGUGUGUGACCUGCUGGCGGCUGUGUGUGUGAUGGAGGAGGGGAGCUGGGUGGAGAUCGGCGUGGUCAUUGAGCUGGCGGGGCAGUGCGGCUACUGUAAGCUGCCUGUCAUCCUCACAGCUGAUGACAUCAACGCACACGCCAGCAAGACGGUAAGGCACACACACAGGGGCGGGGGGAGGGAGGUGCACUCAUUCCUCUCUCUCUCUCGCUCUCUGUCUGUCUGUCUGUCUGUCUGUCUGUCUGUCUGUGUGUGUGUGGUGUAGGCGUAUAGCUCAGUAGCUCGUGUGUUGGCGCAGCUCAUGGUGGUCGGCCGCCAUGUGGACUUCCGCGACGGCAGCUGCCUGCAGAUCUUCCGUUAUGGCGAUAGUGAGAUGAGGGCCAUCGAGGACGACCCCGUCUUUCAGCUGACUAUCAACCCGCCCCUCCCUGCCCACCAUCUGUAUCAGCAGCACCGACUAGAGCAUGACCCACCAGUGCACAGCCGCAUCUACUACUUGGGCGGAUGGCAGUCGUUGGGUCUCCCGUACACCGAUGCGUCACUGUCGUCCUUCGUCAAGCGUGUGAUCCUCCGCCACUUCUUCAAGACUCACCAGAUCAAUAGCACAUCGAUAUCACUCAGCAGGUAACACCACGUCAAUGGCACCAGUGGCGAGAGGGGUGCGCCUUCGAUUGUGUGUGUGUGUGUGUGUGUGGUUGGUUCAGGCGUGUUGGUGGGGGCCGUCUAGAUGGCCUCCUCGCCCAGUCGCCCCACACACCAGUGGCCGGAUGCACCACCACAAUGAGCUGGGACGGUGACAUGCGGCGGCUGGUGGUCACCGACGGCACACACGACUUCGUCGCAUGGAUUUACGUGUGGAGACCAUCGCGAGGUGCCUCAGGUCAGUCAGGUCGGCAGACGGUGAGCUCAGCCUUAGCCGCUAAGUUAGAUGUUGCUGACGUCCUCUCUGUGGUUGUGUUGUUUGCCUGCAGCGUGGGUUGACGUCUGGACGACCGAGGCGCCCGUAGUGUGUGCGAGCAGUGCCUUUAAGGACCGCUUCCCCGUGACCACUCAGCUGGCCCGUAUGGCGUUGGGGCCAGUGGCGCCAUACGUCUUCGACGGACAAGUAGAAUGAUGAUGACGUGACGACGGUAGGGACACGGGCAAACACAAGCAGGCGCCGGAUGGACCGCACGAGGUGGCUUGUGUUGUGUGUGGUUGUGUGUUAUCUGUCGUGGUAGCUUCCGACGAUGGCAGCGAUGAUGAGGGCAGUGCAGGUCUCUAGGAGGGAGGGAAGGCACACAGCACAUAAGUGUGUCCCUCCCUGUGCACUCGACAGGUGAUGCUGUCUGAUUGA